AUGGACAUGUCAAAGGGACCUGGCCUCAGCGUGGAUCCCUUCACCUUGUUGGAUGGGGUCAAGCUGGGCUAUCAGUCACCUACGCCGCUGCCAGACAUUCUGGACCCUGCGGCACUGGAAGGGUACUCAGCGGUGUGUGCACUUCUUCUUCGACUUCGAUGUGCCAGCCAAGCUCUACAAGAGGUUCACCAGCUACCAGUAUUCGGCUUUGGUGGCCGUGGUGCCCAGCGCACGCCUCUCGCAGCCCUUCAGAGGAAGGUGGAUUUGCUUCGCGCAGAGCUUGGGCACUUCCUGUCCUGUUUGGAGCACUACGUCCGCGUCGAUAUCCUAGAGAAGGAGUCGAUCGUCCUCGAGCGGCAAAUCGCAUCCCUGGUGACCGAGGCGCUUGAAGGCCAACUCACUCUCGGCAGAGACGAGGAACCUCUUCGCACAGUGGACAUACUGCAGAGGGUGCGGCAGAUGCACCGAGAGCACCUCCGGCAGAUAUUGCAGGCCUGUCUGCUUGUCCCCGACCUGAGCACGGUCCUUGCAGAUCUCCACCAGCUGCUGGCCAUGGCAGUCCGCCUCAAGGACAUUCUGCAACAAAUGCUUCAGCAGCUUCAAACGUUUGAGUCAGCAAGGCAACGGCCUUCUGUGGAGUCGGCUGCCGUGGAGCAGGCACUUGACGCUGCCCAGGCUUCUGCCGAUUUGGCAGCUGCUGAAGGUUUCGAGCCGGAGAAUCAGGUUGCAGCCGCUGCCAACGCCGCCGCUGAUGCCGCGGGUUCUUUGAACCUGCCGAUGGGAGCCCAAGUCGCCGUUGCUGCGGUGGCUGCUGCCCGGAUUGCCGUCGAGCUCCAAAUGUCCCAGGAUGAUGCUGCUGAUGCAGCAGCAUCAUGCUCAGAACGAGUGACCCAAGCCAUGGGACAGAAUGCCGACGUACAGGCUCAGGCAGCAGACGCCGCAGCUAUCAUCGCUGGGUACCUUGUGGCAUCUCAUGUGGGCGAAGGCCCUAUUGCAGCUGGCCUCGAAGCAGGCAGAGCCAUGAGAGCUGCAGGCAGCACCGCAAGAGAGCAACUCUUAGCAGCUGGAGAUGCUGCCAUGCACGCCGCUUCUGCUGCCAAUGUGCCCACAGAGCUGCAGCUCGUGGCUGCAGCAACUGCCAUAGGUCGCACUGCAGCAGUGGGACGCAUCCGAAGCUCCAGAGUCGAGUAUUGCAAGCUCAUCACCGAGCUUGCAGAACAGGCGAGUACAAUGCCUGGCCAUGGAACGGAUGAGGCGACACUGGUGACUGCAGCAGAGGCUGCAGCUGUGCAGGAUCCCAACAUGAGCAUCGAGGAAGAGAGCCAGGACCGACGGUCAUCAAAAGUUCUUGACAAGGCUGAGAGCCUGCGCACAUGGAACUUGGCAUGCCAUCGCAAGGGGGGUGGGGAGUGA